CGAAUUUACGACCGGCAAAGGGUCAGAUUUCUGUUGUGAAUUGCCCCUUUUCACGGCAGAUUUCGACAUGAGGAGGAAUUUUUCAGGCGCGAGGUUUGAAAAUCUCGACGAACCCACCCCCCUCGAUCUGAGCCGUGAUCCUGCUGAUAACAUGAAAGAUCUCUUAAACCAAAUUUCCAGCAAAGAAAUGAUGUCAACAACGAAAAGAAUGGGUUAUAUUAAUAACUUCACAAAGUUAAUUCAAAAUGUAGGUGAGAAUGCCAACUUUGGUUACUCUCUGGAAGACAUCAUCAAAUGCUUAAUGCCUCCACUAGUUUCAGCUGCUAAAGAACUCAGAGCAGCUGGACUGCGAGCAUUUCGUCAUCUAUUUUAUGAUGAAAAAACUCUGUCUAAAAUACUUGAAUACAGGAUUGACAUUUUCAUUGUCAGAUCAAUGGACAUGGUUCACAAUGCCUUUGAAGUGGAACGUGUUCAAGCAUUAAGAUUCAUUCGGAGGACAAGGCAAGCCGUUUACAAGCCAGUAAAAUGGCCAUUGUUACUAUUUUCAGAUCAUGGUCAGGUGUGAUCAGCCUCUGUCGUCCUGAUGGUAAAGGAGUGCAGUCUUUGCUGGGCGUGUUUUGCUUGCCAAAUUCUGAUGUUAGGAAAGGCAUCAUGGACAUCGUAUUUGAGAUAUUUCAGCUCAAGGAGCCAGAUUGGACAGAUGACUUCAAUAUCGCUCUUCUAAGUGUUGAUCCUUGUCAAAUGCAGGAUGCAUGGAAAUUAUCCGAGGGAUUCGUGGCAGAAGAAGCUAAGGCAUUACUACCUCACAGGGCAACUGGAAGAACAAACCUUGUGAAGAAUUAUAUAGCUCUGGUGUUAGCAGCUUUCAUGAAUGCUGGAUUAUUUGAGAGCCUUGUUGAAGUCAUAACAUCAUCAGAUCCGUUUCUUUCCGUCAGAGCCACCAUUCUUCUUGGAGAGCUGCUUCAUUUGGCUAACACACUCCUCCCCCCUGAGUGCAGCAGCCAUACCCAUUGUGUACCCAUAUUGGUGAACACAGCUUCUCUGUUUGAAGUCACCAUAGAAGAGAGAAGCCGUGCUAGUAUAGCAGUGAAUUGCUUGGAUCGUCUACAUCAGACUAAGAAGAGAGGCCUUGUUCCCUGCAGUCUGUACCUCAGCCGUAUCGUCUCUAAGGCUCACACGCUGGAGCCCAAAGUUAAAGACAAACUGCACCGGGACAGGCUCAAGGCUUGUUUAAACAAAGAGAUUGACGAUCCCCUAUUCUCAUCCCUACGAGACACACAGGUUUUGAUGGAGAGGGAUUUCAGAAACUGGGACUGGCACCUCAUUAGUUCAACACUGCAGUCUCCAACCGUUACUAUGAGGAAAUUGGAAGAGACUUCAAACCAGAAGUUUAUUCGAAACCUUCUGUAUUUCUACAAACCUAGUAGUCAGCGGUUCUGCACAGUUCACAUAUCAGACCCUCAAGCUCGAACAUUUUCAGAAGUAGGCUGCCUGCUCAUCGACUUCCUCCUCGAUGGCGAAGAUGUUGCUGAAGGACUUCUUCUCCAUGACCUGGUUCAAGAUAUAGGUGAAUGUCUUCAAGAGGCGUUAUCUCCAAGCAUCACUACCGGAGUCCUAAGUAACAACAAUGUUCUGAGCACGCUCAGUAGAGAUUACUUCCUGUUCCUUGGCAAACUGGCCGGAACUAAAGUGGGUUCCAAGUUGUUAGAGAGGACUGGAGUCUAUCAGUAUCUCUUAGAGUUGUGUUCCAUACCGUCACGUGACAGUCUACAAAAGCUGAUUGUAGCAAGCCUGGAUUACAGUCACACUGGAAUUCCGAGAAUAAUCCUGUCGAAAAUCUUAACGGCUUCCAGCUCGGCCACACGCCUCUACGCAACGAGCCAUAUGAGGGUUCUAUUACGAGCACGUGUUGCGUUCUUCCACAGCUGGGGAAUUGAGCUUCUUGUUACACAGUUGUACGAUACUGAUAACCAAGUUGCAGUUGAAGCGGCUGACGUGUUAGAUGAAGCUUGUGAAGACGAGGCUAAUCUGCAGUAUCUCAUAGAACUCAGUCCAGUCCUCCUUCAUUUGGGAGAGGUCGGUCAUCGUCUUCUAACAAGAUUCGUUUCGGUCGAGAGCGGGUUAAAAUAUCUUACGCAGAGAGGAUACUUGCCAGUAUUGAUGGACAAUUGGAGAAGGGAAUACAAUACAGCGUAUGUACGCUGGGUCGAAGAACUGCUGGCAGAGUCACUGACAUCCUACGUCAAAAAGAGCGACGACAACACGUAUUUAAGGAGAUCAAACAGAAGGCUGGUACUAAAAGAUGCCUUUUUACCGCCUCAUUUGUACGGACAGUUGGUUCAAAAGAAAAACGGCUUUAAACUCCUGCAGAAAUCAAAUGAUGUGGAGCUGUUUGUGCGCACGCUCCAGACUCUGGAACCCAAAACUAAAGAACAAGUGGACGAACUCAAGGCAGCUUUGUGGGCUUUGGGUCAUGUUGGAUCCACAAACUGGGGUAUCAACUUUCUUGUAGAAGAAGGAAUCAUUCCAGAAAUUGUUCGUUUGGCCGUAGAUUGUGCUAACUUUGCCAUACGAGGGACAUGUUAUUACGUCCUCGGCCUGAUCGCAAAGACCCGUGAAGGUGCAGACAUCCUUCGGGAGUAUGAGUGGGAGAGCGUUCGACACAUGGGCGAGGAUAAGUGGCCAGUACUGGAGACAUCACUCGAAAAUAAAGAGGAGUUUGUUCCCAUUUCUUACAUCAUGGAACCACAAAGUAAGCCAGUACCAUCAGUGCUCUCAGGUAUCAGCGAAACAGAACGCGCAGGAGGGAUCUACUUAGGAGAAGAAAGCAAAGCUGCAGAAGGGUCCACCGCGUAUGAUAAAUUCAGUGGGAUAUAUCUUGGAGAGGACAAGGGACCUAGCAGAAAGACAUCAAUCGAGGAAGCUAGUGAGGGUGGGAUUUUGUCUCUAUGGUACAAAAAUGCUGAAAGACGACGCAAGAUAGCAAGUCGUGAAAGUGGCUUCUACGACGAGAGAAGCGGGGUGUACCUUGGAGAAGAGUCACCCUCGGUGUCAGAGCCUGCAGAUGAAGGCGUAAUAACCCCUGCUCCAGGAGGAAUCCUGGAGCGACUUUUUACUGAAACUGGGCUUGACUUGUCCUCGGUUAAUAAGGAAAUUAAAAUGUCGCAUCGAAGGAAUUACAGCGAGGGAAAUUUUUCGGUCGCAACUUUCGGCGAGAAAGAUUCAACCUUCGAGACAUUAGACGUAAAGCGGAGGGCGGUGUCCAAUGUCGAUCGCAUCGGGUCUCCAUUGAAGUCUGUCAUUGAACAUUCUGUUGACGAUGUACGUGUGUCUAAUGGGGUCGGAUUAAGGCCCUUUCAUAAACACACUGCCAGCGCCCCUAGUGAGCAUGUCCCACAAAUGGACGGGACAAUGUCAGAUGGGAAUCGCACUAACCGUGGUUCUGUUUCCGAAUCGAUUACUUUCUCUGCACUCAAACCAGAAAUGAGGAACCGCACAGAUAGCGAAGUGACUGAUAUGUCAUCCUUACACAUGCGUUCCGGAAGUAACUUGAGUAGUGCGAGUGUGGACAGCGGCGACUUCUUAGAAAUGUCUUAUAUUGCUUCACGCAGCCGCACGAGCAGUGCGAGCGAGACUGGGGGCUACUUACAGCAGGAGAGCCCCACGAGUCAAAGUUUGCUAAGUGUUAAUUCAGAUGAUACCUCUAAGACACUUGGCGAUAAAGACCCGCCAUUGGACUCCUCGGCGGACAGCCUUCAGGGGGGCCUCUCGUUCGAGUCUCCCUCAGCAUACUCCUCGAAUGAGCUCCUACGGCGCAGCUCAAGUCCCAUAGCAGAAGAUCGCAAACGCCUCCCAAUCAACGAUUUACUACAAAACGAUCUCGAGUUGCGGCAGCGGAGCACAAGCCUCACAGAAAAACGGCGCAUGGGAAGUCCAUCCCUCGGGAUUAUACCCGAGACCCGUAGCUCCAGUUUUAGCGGGAGCACGGAUUUUACUAAGGUGGCGAACAAAAGUCGCGCGAGUUCUGAUGCCGAGUUGAUCCAUGUGUCUCCGGUGGAGAAUCUAAACGAUUUGCACGGUAGUAACAGAAGCUUGGCUGAAGUAAAGAUCUUAAGUGAUAAAACCAUCGUGUUUCGCUCCGGCGUCGAAAGCAAAACCAGGGCAUUGAGUGUAGAUAGUGCUAGUUCUAGUGGACUAAGAAGAGACAGACUGUUGGUUAAUAGCGGUCAAAUGAGUGGAGACGAGUCGGAUGGCAAUGUCUCGCGCAGCCGAGGCAGUUCCUUUGAGAAGGCGGAUUUUGCUAGGAAACUGGGGCUUAAAUCUGGGGACUUAUCACGCGUUCGGCGCACGCGCAGCACUAGCAGUGGAAAUUCGUCAACUGAGGGAUUUUCGCCGAAAAAGAUUGUGAAUAAAAAUCGUUUACUCGGCUCAAAUGAAAACAACACCGUGAUUUCUGGGGACAUGCGACGGAACUCAUCUGCCAGUUCAGAGGCCUCACUUUUCACGAGCUCUCGUGACGCGUUUGGUUACACGGCACUGAGCACAUUACGACGUCAGAGAAGCUUUAAUCGUGACCUGGAGAAGAAAGUCAAUGCUUUUGGCACCACCAGAACAGGCACUUUCCAGUUUCCGCGUUCCAUGUCUGCCGGGGAAUUCUCUUCCACCAAGCGCGACAGUUUAGCUAGCAUUCCCAGCGCCUUAGAGUUCCGACAGUUCAAAUCUACGAACAAGAAUAUCGGAAAUGAAUUCCUUGGUCUCUGUCUUCCUCGUGAUUUGAGCUUGCUCUUCCAGACUGAACCAUACGAGUUCCAAGGCUCCUGGGCGGACCAUUUCGUGGCUACACCUACUCUUCUUCCACCUUUUGUUGUCAACCCCACACAACGAGAGAGUCAUUCUAGCCACGAUAAGUCACGCUGCCUCGGCUGCAUGUACACAAAAAUAGUGGGGACUGGAAGGGACACAACAAAGUCCUCGGAUAACAUGACUGAUGGAGAGUGGACGAAACUACCACCUGUGAUGGAGGCAAAUGGCGAAAGUGUGAAUUCAGCGGUUGCCUUUUCCUUCGCCAAAUCGGAAAGUGACUCGUCGGUAACAGCGACCAGCAUGUUAGCGAAAGGUAGUAAACUGGAUGAAAACACCACCGAAGGAAAACGACUGUUCCGUGCUGAAAUCCUGAGAAUCGUGACGUCUCUGAGCAGCGUGGUGGCUUCUCGAGCUCAUCAGGAAGAACUUAUGAAGUUGAGGGAAAAGUGCGCUCUCUUGUUUCAAGAUCUUUGUCUUUACUGUGAAGUGUCAGACAUUUUGGCUUUGUACAAAUUCAAGCUUCACAUCAGAAGGUUUAUUCAGGGGCUCUUCGCCAAUGUUAAUUUUGAUCCGAUCAUUGAACAGGCGGACUUAGUCCUUGGUAGAGAGCAAAGUGACUCGUCUGCAUGACUGGAUACCAGACCUUGUUCGUCGUGAUUGGAGGAAAACUCUCGCAACUGACUGCAUGGCUGAAUUCAAGACCUUGUACACUGUGAUUGGAGGAAAACUAUCGAUCACGUGCUCAGCACGCAGGCCACUUGCGUGACUGAAUUCCAGCCCUAGCUCGUUGUGACUGGAGGAAAACUCGAUCACGUGCUAUACAUACGGCCAACAUAAAACACCAUCAAAAGAGAGGCAAGACAAUUUCUCAUUGUGCGCAGUAAUUCCAGAAGCGAUAAAAAUUUUACGAUCGAAUCGGCGGAUUCUUCAGAUCCUAACUUCUCUACUUCCUACCUGGAGAUUCACAAAAACUGUUUUUUUUUUAGCCUUUCUUUGCAGGAAAAAAUGAGAAAAAGUGCAAUAAGUCGAGGAGAAUGCCCUUAGUGAUAACACAAUUAUACUACGUUCUUUAACCCAACUGUAAAGAUAUUUUUCUCCGUUUAUGAAGUAUGACUAAUCUAGCAAAUGUUACUUCUGUUUCCUUACUCGUUUAUUUACAUUUGCAUCAGUUUAUUUGUGAUGUGGUUGCGAGAAGUCUGAAUUGAUCGUUUGUGCUCUGAUGCGCAGGUGAUGAGAAUUUAAAAACUCCUUUUAUUCUUCAACGUUGCUGUAAAUGCUUCGAUAAGUUCGUUUUUAAAGACAAGAUGAAACACACAUUCAAACGAAAGAGGCUGUAAAUAAAAUUAGGUUCAGAUAUACUGUGAGAUGAAAAGCAAGAUUAAAUAUGAUUCCUUUUAAGUC